AUUUUAUGUGAAUCAAACCGCUUAGAAUAAAAAUGAUGACAUGAUCGAUAAUAUUAUAUACAUUAUAACAGAGUACACGGCACUGUUAGCAUACAUAUGUUAGCACUGUUAGCAUACAUAGAUGUUAGCACUGCUAGCAUACAUAUAUGUUUCUGUCUGUGUGAGUGUAGUGUGACGUUGUUCAAAUUCUGUCCAAAUAAUCUCUCCAGUUUGUCUUCAUCGUUUCGAAGUCUUCUGUCUGGAUCGUUCGUUACAUCAGCUCGACACUCGACUGAGAUAUAAUGAUAUAAUAAUCAACAAAGAGAAGCCUGAGAACCUUGUCUGAACAUGUCUGAGUGAUUAUGAUCAAACAUGAACACACCCGUUUGAGGAUCCGUUGACACGGCCUCAUAUCCCAGCCCUUAUUUUGAAGGUAUGCAGCAGAUGACGUACUUCCGGUUGCUGCUCCUCUCAGCUCCAGGUUUUCCAGCUGCGGCUGCGACCAUACGACAACAAGCAGAGGGAGAGGAGGAAGCCCAGGAGCCCUGCGAUGGAGCGCUAAGGCGAAAUAAAGGCGAGCUCCCCCGCCGGAAGAGAACGAAUCCCCGCACCUUGAUGACUAAGAACACCGGGCCGGUACAGAGAAAAGCAGGCGGGGGAAUUAUGCAGUUCAAAUACCGACGAAAUUGAGCGCAGCGCUUCUUCUUCAAGGUUACGCCGCUUGAAGACACCCCACCUCCUCGUCUCCACCAGUCGCUAAACCGAGAGGAUGUCCGUGGAAGAGCAGGGAUAUCCCGACGCCGCGCUGCUGCUCGAGGCCGGGCCGGAGUGGAUGCGGGCCGAAAUCGAGCGUCUGGCCCGGGAGCUCAGUGAAACCACCAGCGAAAAAAUCCAGGCGGCGGAAUAUGGUCUGGUGGUGUUGGAGGAGAAGCAGCAGCUGAAGCAGCAGUACGACGACCUGGAGGUGGAGUACGAGGCUGUGAGGCAGGAGCUGGACCUCCUGAAGCAGGCCUUUGGACAAGCCUACUCCAACCACAGGAAGGUGGCAGCAGACGGGGAGAGUCGCGAGGAGUCGCUCAUCCAGGAGUCCGCCUACAAGGAGGCCUACUACGAGCAGAGGGUCCUGGAGCUGCAGAACGAACUCCGCCAGACGCGUAACAUCCUGACCAACGCCCAGUCCGACAACGAACGUCUGAACGCCAUUACCCAGGAGAUGAGAGAGAACAGCCAGGUGGUGGAGCUCCAGAGGAACCAGCUGCGUGACGACAUCAAGGAGUACAAGUUCAGGGAGGCCCGUCUGCUGCAGGACUACAGUGAGCUGGAGGAGGAGAACAUCUCACUGCAGAAGCAGGUCUCUGGACUCAAACAGAGCCAGGUGGAGUUCGAGGGUCUGAAGCACGAAAUCCGGCGUCUGGAGGAGGACACGCAGUUCCUCAACAGCCAGCUAGAGGACGCCAUUGGCCUGAAGGAGAUCGCCGAGCGUCAGCUGGGAGAAGCCCUGGAGACCAUCAAGACCGAACGUGAGCUGAAGGCUUCUCUGAGGAAAGAGCUCUCCCAGUACAUGAACAUCGGAGAUCCUCUGUACCACAGCAUCUCUCUGGACGGUCUGAAGUUCUGCGACGACGUCUCCACGGAGCCCAACAACGACGAGGCUCUCCAUGGUUAUGAGAACAGCUUCAUCAAACUGAGCAGCACCGUCGCCGACGACAACCGCGGCGCCGUCCCCGACAAGGACGACCUGUUCUGUCCUGCACCCAGUCUGGUGGACAACCUGCUGAGUGAACUGAACAUCUCAGAGAUCCAGAAGCUCAAACAGCAGCUGAUCCAGAUGGAGCGAGAGAAGGUCAACCUGCUGUCCACCCUGCAGGACUCACAGAAGCAGCUGGAACAGGUCAACGGAGCUCUGUCCGAACACCAGGAGAAGGUCGGACGCCUGACGGAGAACCUCAACACCAUCCGCAAACUACAGGCCACCAAGGAGCGCCAGUCCGCCCUGGACCACGAGAAAGAACGCGACAGCCACGAAGACUCGGACUACUACGAGGUGGACAUCAACGGACCGGAGAUCCUGGAGUGCAAGUACAAGGUGGCAGUGUCAGAGGCAGGAGAGCUGAAAGAAGAACUGAAGACUCUGAAGGCGGAGUACAACUCCUGCCAGUCACGUUACGAAGUGGAGCGCCACCGACUGGAGAGCGACGUGACGGCCUUAGGAGAGAAACUGUCGGUGUUGGAGAAAAGCAGCCGAGCGGAGAGAGAGGAGAAGCUGAAGCUGGAGAAGGAGCUGCGUAAGCUGAGCGACGUGGCCGGUGAGUCCCAGGGCAGUCUGAGCGUGGCCCAGGACGAGCUGGUCACCUUCAGUGAAGAACUGGCCACUCUCUACAACCACGUCUGCAUGUGCAACAACGAAACGCCCAACCGCGUCAUGCUGGACUUCUACAAAGAAGGUAAAGGCGGCCACGGCAGCCCGGAGGGCCGCGGGCGCCGCUCCCCCAUCCUGCUGACCAAAGGCCUCUUCCCAGAGCCGCUGAAGACGGACCACAGCGACGCAGCCCCCCCGCUGCCCUCUCCCGGGUCCGACCACCGUCGAGAACCCAUGAACAUCUACAACCUGGUGGCCAUCAUCAGGGACCAGAUCAAACACCUCCAGCUGGCCGUGGACCGCACCACGGAGCUGUCCUGUCAGAGGGUGGCCUCCCUGGAGCUGGGGGCCGUGGCCGACAAGGACAAGGAAGCCUGCAUGGAGGAGAUCCUCAAACUGAAGUCGCUGCUCAGCACCAAACGGGAGCAGAUCGCCACCCUGAGGACCGUCCUCAAGGCCAACAAGCAGACGGCUGAAGUUGCUCUGGCCAACCUGAAGAGCAAGUAUGAGAACGAGAAGGCCAUGGUGACGGAGACCAUGAUGAAACUGAGGAACGAACUCAAGGCCCUGAAGGAGGACGCCGCCACCUUUUCUUCUCUUCGCGCCAUGUUCGCCACACGCUGCGAUGAGUAUGUGACCCAGCUGGACCAGAUGCAGCGACAGUUGGCUGCAGCCGAGGACGAGAAGAAGACGCUCAACUCCCUGCUGCGCAUGGCCAUCCAGCAGAAACUGGCGCUGACGCAGCGGCUGGAGGACCUGGAGUUCGACCACGAGCAGAACCGCCGCGGAGGGAACGCCGCCCGUGCCAAAGCCCGCGGCAAAGCUGUCGGCGCCGCCGCGGUCGGAGCCUCUCUGAGCCCUAACACGGGUCAGAGCCUCGUCUGCUACGGCUCCGGCCGACCAGAGCCCAUCAAUGCCUUGCCCAACGGCAUUCUGGGAGGCCCCGCCGUCUUCUGCAGUGAGAAGUACAAGAUCUACUGCGACUGAGGCGGAGGAGAACCUGCAUGGGACUGCCGUGUACAGGGGAGGGGGUGAGGCCACGCCCUCCCUGCUAUAGUUAACAAGUCGGUCGCUCGCUUCGCUCCUGGUCGGCCUGCCCCCCCCUCCCCCCCCCCUCUCUGCUGUGUACCAACAGCUGCUCCUGUGUGCUACAUGUACAGUGUGUACUCCACCUUUGGGCUGCAGUCCACAUGUAUGGUAUAUAUUGUAGGGCCCUGGUUGUCAUGGGGGGGUGUCUGUUCUUUGCGCUGUACUUCGGGUGUAAACGCUGACGGCUUCUGCCCCCCCCCCA